UUUGGGAACAACUAUUAGUAUUACUGAACUAUUGGUGAUGAGGUGUGACACAUUGAGACCAAGAUUUUUUAGACUAAGGAAUUACAGACCAAGAUGUUAAGUGCUUUGAAAUUCCAUGCACCAUUGAAGAAGUGCAACCCAGCCUUGAUCACAAGUGUUUACCUUCAAGGUCAGCGCUACCAAAUUAAACCCUCAAACUUUGUCAUGGCUAGCAGACAUACAAUGAGUGACUCAAAGGCAAGAGGUGGGACAGAGCUAUCACCAUGGCAACAAGGAUUUUACAAAUAUUUUCUUCCGAUUCAGACGAGGUUUCGAGAUACUGAUAUGUUUGGUCAUGUAAAUAAUUCAGUCUACUACUCCUACUUUGAUACGGUCAUUAAUGAGUACCUGUAUAAAUACUGUGAAGUCAGGCACCCAAAAAAGAAUCCAGAUGAGCCAAAUAUAGUUGGGUUCAUGGUUGAUACCAGAUGCUCGUAUCGGCAACCACUCAAUUUUCCUGAGGUCAUCCUGGCUGGCAUGGCUGUCACCAAACUUGGAAACUCCAGUGUGACUUACACAGUUGGUAUCUUUGCGGAGAGAGAGGCGAGCAAAGAGGUCACCAAGGCAUUAUCAAUAGGUGGUCAUCUGAUAGAAAAUAAUGAUUUGGCUAGCUUUGAUGGUUUCAAGGAAAUGGCGGCCUCAGUAGGACAGUGUGUUCAUGUCUUUGUAGAUCUGAAUGGAGAUCAGAGGCCUCUAAGAAUACCAGAUGAAAGUAGAAUACCUCUAUCAAAUAUCAUGAUCCCCUUUGAGAGUCAAAUUAGCAAAUUAUGAGCAGAUCAGGAUUUUAAACUUAGUUAAAUGAUAUAUCAUGAUGUGGAAAAGGUUCAUCCUGGCGAUGGAUUGAGUAGAAGAAUAGUA